GUUCUGCUAGCGACAGGCAGAUGUCAUUUAAGAAAUUGCUACGUUGAAAAUGUGAAAAAUAAGGUUUCCUAAAUUUUUGCACAAAUAAUUUAGUAAAUAAUUAAAAAUUUAUACGGAAAAGUGCGAAAACCAAUUGUAUAAAGCCUGCUAGUAGUAAACAAAAGCAUUCAAAAUCCCUAGUGAUAGUGUUAUGGUCAUGGGUGAGAAUAUAAUGGACGAAUUAGCAUCACUAAUACGCACUGAAAUUCCCGAUGGACGCCAAAGUCUACGCGACAGUUACACCAACCUGGAGAGGGUGGCUGACUAUUGUGAGGAUACUUACUAUAGAGCCGAUAACAAGAAGGCCGCCUUAGAGGCCACCAAAAACUAUACCACACAAUCGUUGGCCAGUGUUGCUUAUCAAAUCAAUACGCUGGCCUACAGUUACAUGCAGCUGUUGGAGUUGCAGGCUCAGCAGCUAAGCGAAAUGGAGUCACAAAUGAAUCAUAUAGCCCAAACGGUUCAGAUUCACAAGGAGAAGGUGGCAAGAAGAGAAAUUGGUGUGCUUACCGCCAAUAAAGUUAGCACUCGUCAAUUCAAAAUUGUUGCUCCAAUCAAUCCGGAAAAACCCAUUAAAUAUGUGCGCAAAGCAAUUGAUUAUUCGAUUUUGGAUGAUAUUGGCCACAGUAUCAAUACAAAUCAAAUGAACCGUAAUCCCAAACAACAGCAUCGUGGCUCUUCACAUGGAUCGGUUCAAUCGUUGGCCCAACCCUCUGUUGUGGGACCGCCACCCACCACCAAACCACCCACACCACCUCAGAUGUCACGUGGCGGCAACACUGGCACUCUGGGCAAAUCCGUUAGUAAUACCGGAACAUUGGGCAAAAGUUCACGUGAAUAUCGUACACCACCGGUGGUCAAUCCACCACAAGUACCUUCACACUAUGCACCCAACUAUCCAAUUGGUCAUCCGAAACGUUUGUCUUCGGCCUCUUCCAGUACUACGGCCACGGGUGUUAGUAGUACCGGUUUGGGUGGUAGUUCUGUUAACAAUGAACGUGCUGCUGGUUACAGUGCUCUACCAAUGCCGCCAAGUCAACAAAUCGCAACACAUGUUAAUUUACCAUCAGCUGGUAUGAUGCAAUCUUUGCCACCACCACCACCCACUACAUACGAUGAUCGCAAUAGUAUGCCACCACCACCUUCUCCCUUGACAGUUUCCCAACAUGAGAUCACUGAACAGAGUCACAUUGGCAUGCAUACUUUGGGGCGUAAUCAUAAUAGCCGAAAUCAUUUUAGCUUGAACUUUGCUAGACCCGGCUCACAAUCACCACCCUUGCCGCCACCACCACCACCAGAGGAAGAGCAUCAUGAUUUUGGACGGCCACGCAAUUCAGCUGGUCAGGGACAAUUAGCUCCCAUAGUGCCCGAUGAUCAAAAUUUGCCAGGAUGGGUGCCCAAAAACUAUAUAGAAAAAGUGGUGGCCAUUUAUGAUUAUUAUGCUGACAAAGAUGAUGAACUUAGUUUUCAGGAGAGUUCAGUAUUAUAUGUUCUAAAGAAGAACGAUGAUGGCUGGUGGGAGGGUGUUAUGGAUGGCGUAACUGGUUUAUUCCCUGGCAAUUAUGUGGAACCUUGUGUUUAAACUAAACACAACAACAACUGCCACACAAUACUUGUUUACAGAACAUAAUUAAUCACAAAGACAAGAAUUUACUUCAUAUUCAGUAAAAAUCAAACAGCAUUUCUUAAAACAAAUAUAUAUAAAAUAAUUACAAUAAGUGAAACAGACACAACAGCAACACAAAAUUAUUCUUUCCAAGUAUUUCAUACAAAACACAAUAAUGGUAAUACAAACAUAUUAAUAGUAUUUUGUUAACAUUCAUAAAUUUAUAGGCCUUUUUAUAACACAAUGAAUAUGAGAAUGUUUAGUAUUACACAAAAGUAACAUUGAAAAUUAAGUACGUACAUUUAUCCUCUGGUAUAAAAAAUAAAAAUAUAUAAAAAUUAAAUGAAAAAAAAUUAGCAGCAACAUUAACAACAGAGAAAUCUAGUUUAAAAAAUGAUGUUGUCUUUUAGGCAUAAAACAAUUUUGAUAAACAAAACCUUUUCUACGUGAGUAAAAAUACCGUAAAAUAAUUACAGAUUAUUAGGUUUUUUUUUAUUUACAAAAACAUACAACUGUCUCUUUCUAUUCCCAUAGCUAAUUACUUACACACAUACAUGAUUAAGUCCAUUUAUCUUUAUAAAAUUAUAACGACAAAUUAAAAAAAAAUAAAUGAAACAAACGAAUCAUUACUAUAAAUGAUAUAAUUAUAUGAUAAAAACAAAAUAAUACUAGGCUUCAUAUAAAAAUAACACAACCACAAGUUUAUAAACUUUUUUUUUUUUGCUCAAAUAUAGUUUAUUUACAAAUCUAUUAGAAGAACGUACUUUUGUAGGGAGGUUUUAUAUUAACGAAAACCAAAAAUUUACCAACAAAAUGUUUCAUAUAAAAAGGGUUUAGAAAUAUUAUUCUCUGUUUAAUUACUGUAUGUACUGUAUCAAGCAAUAUGUGAUGAGCUGUUUUCUAUAUAAAUCGUUUUCUGUGGAAAAACUUUUCAACAAUCAGCUAUCUAUAGAUAACGUUUUGAAGAUCAAUUUUCUUUAGAAAACUAUUUAAAGAUCAGUUCAUUAUAGAAAACUUUUCGAUGAUCAGAUUUCUAUGGAAAAAUUUUCGAAGAUCUGUUUUGUAUAGAAAACUUUUUGUAGAUCAGUUUUGUAUAGACAACUUUUUGAUGAUCAGUUUUCUAUAGAAAACUUUUUGAAGAUCAGUUUUGUAUAGAAAACUUGGAAGAUCAGUUUUGGAUAGAAAACUCUUCAAAGAUCAGUUUUGUAUAGACAACUUUUAGACGAUUAGUUCUAUAGAAAACCUUUUGAAGAUCAGUUUUCUAUAGAAAACUUUUUAAAGAUAAUUUUUCUAUAGAAAACUUUUUAAAGAUCGCUUUUCUAUAGUAGAUCACAUUCUGUAGAAAACUUUUCUAUUGAAAACUUUUUAAAGAUCAAUUCUCUAUAGCAAACUUUAUAGCAAACUUUUCAAAGAUCAGGUUUCUAUAGAAAACUUUUCGAUGAUCAGGUUUCUACAAAAAAACUUUUCGAUGAUCAGUUUUCUACAAAAAAACUUUUCGAUGAUCAGUUUUCUAUAAAAAAACUUUUCGAUGAUCAGUUUUCUAUUGUCAACUUAUCGAAGAUUUGUAUUCUAUAAAAGACUUUUUGCUUUCUAUUGAACAUUUUUCUGUAGAAAACUUUUCGAUUAUCAGUUUUCUAUAGAAAACUUUGAUGAUCAGUAUUGAAUAGAAAAUUAUUAGUUUUUUAUAAAAGACUUUUCGAAGAUCAGCUGUCAAUUGAUUAAUUUUUGAAGAUCAGUUUUAUAUAGAUUUGCUUUCAUUGAAAAUUUCGAAGAAAAUAGAAAAAAUUUCGAAGAUAAGUUUUCUAUAAAAAAAAAUUUUCGAAAAUCAGUUUUGUAUUGACAGCUUUCCGAAUAUUUUUUUCUAUAAAAUAGAUUUCAAAGAUUUGCUUUCAUUGAACAUUUCAAAGAAAAUAUAAAAAUUUUCGAAGAUAAGUUUUCUAUAAAAAUUCGAACAUCUGUUUUCUAUUGACAACUUUUCGAAGAUUUGCUUUCUAUUGAACAUUUUUCAAAUAUCUGAUCUAUUAAAAAAUUUCGCAAAAUUUUCGAUGAGAUGGCUUUGCUAAGAUUAAUGUUCUAUGGAGAGAAUAUUUCGAAGAUAAAUUUUCUUCGUGGUAAACAUAUCGAAUAUGAGUUUUUUUAUGGAUACAACUUUUCGAAGAUAAAUUUCUUCAGAAUACCUCUCAGUGAUGAGUUUUUUUUAUAGAAAACGAUUCGAUGAUACAACAUUUCUGAAACCCUUCUUAACGCGUUUUCAAAGGUUUUAACUCUAUAAAAUAUUGUUAAAGCGGUUUUAGGACAGCAAACUGCUGAUUAAACUCACAAUAAAAUGUUGGCUAUUUAAAAGAAAUAAGUAAUUUUAUGUUUAGCUUGAUAUUAAUUCAUCUUAUGCAAAAGUACGUUCAUUAUAUGCAAACUUGCAUUUGUUUCUUAUUACAAACAUUUGCAUUUCUUCUUUAUAAACUUUUUAUUAGUAAACAGUAGGCUAUUUCAAUUAUGUUCUUAGUUAUUAUUAAUUUUGUAUGGCUUUAAAUAUGUAAAAAGAUGGACUAAUUCAAUAAUGCGUAUAUUUCCUAACCGAAUUUUACAACAGACAUAGCCUUAUUCUGAAAAACGAAGCCACAAUAUUUAUUUUACUUACAUAUUCAAAUUCAAAUAAUUUUGGGUCGAAAAAUUAAUGAAAGUUGUUUUUAUUAUAGCUUCAAUGAUUAAAAAUAUGCAUUUUUUUGAACAAAAAUUUUGUGAUCUAAAAGGGAUCGAUUUAAUGAAUAGGGCAGGUUAUCAAAAUUACCAUCUUUAUUAGUUAAACAACAAUUGUUGGUCUUUUUUUAUUUGCCUUUAUAAUAAUUAUACUUUACUUUUAUACACAUUAACAUAAAUUAAACAAAAACCAACAAAUACAUAGUUAAUAAAAAUUAUAUUCUAUUAUGAUGCUUCAUAAUAAUAUAAAUAAUAAAAUUGAUAUACAUAAA